GAGAGAGAGAGAGAGCGAGAGAGUGGGGGUGUGGGGGAAAGACAGUUGAAACGGCUGAAGUUGUGGCGGCGGCGGCGACGGACCUUGUUAUCGGGAGUCGUCGGGGGUGUGUAAUUUUCUGGCAAUGACACCAUCCUAACUCAAGGCGCUGUCUGUACUUGAAUGAAGAUAACUUUCCCCAGCUGAUUUGACUUCAGACCUCAAACAGCAGCCAUUGUGGGGCUGACAGUAGAAGAAACUCUGAAAUUCCCUGUGGCAUCUAGAUUCCCAACGGCGGACAAGCUGGCGAUGUCAAGGGUGCCAACUCCUCCUCCGCCUGGAGAAAUGUCCAGUGGACCUGUAGCGGAGAGCUGGUGUUACACCCAGGUAAAAGUAGUAAAGUUUUCCUAUAUGUGGACCAUCAAUAACUUUAGCUUUUGUCGAGAGGAGAUGGGCGAAGUGUUAAAGAGUUCUACGUUCUCAUCUGGGCCAAAUGAUAAAAUGAAGUGGUGCCUCAGAGUAAACCCAAAGGGAUUAGAUGAAGAAAGCAAAGACUACCUUUCAUUAUAUUUGCUUUUAGUUAGUUGUCCAAAAAGUGAAGUUCGAGCGAAAUUUAAAUUUUCAUUAUUGAAUGCAAAAAGAGAAGAAACAAAAGCUAUGGAGAGUCAAAGAGCAUACCGAUUUGUCCAGGGCAAGGACUGGGGUUUCAAAAAAUUUAUUCGUAGAGACUUCCUUCUAGAUGAAGCAAAUGGUCUUCUUCCAGAUGAUAAACUUACCCUAUUUUGUGAAGUGAGUGUGGUCCAAGAUUCUGUUAAUAUAUCGGGUCAGUCAAACGUGAACACAUUAAAGGUCCCAGAGUGUCGGCUGGCAGAUGACUUGGGAAACCUGUUGGAAAGCUCUAGAUUCACAGACUGCUCCCUUUAUGUGGGAGGACAAGAGUUUAAAGCCCACAAAUCUAUUUUAGCAGCACGUUCUCCUGUUUUUAAUGCCAUGUUUGAACAUGAAAUGGAGGAAAGCAAGAAGAAUAGAGUAGAAAUAAAUGAUGUAGAUCCAGAAGUGUUUAAAGAAAUGAUGAGAUUUAUCUACACGGGAAAAGCACCAAAUCUUGACAAAAUGGCUGACAACCUAUUGGCAGCAGCAGACAAAUAUGCACUAGAUCGUCUGAAGGUCAUGUGUGAAGAAGCCUUGUGUAGCAACCUCUCGGUUGAAAAUGUCGCAGAAAUUCUCAUUCUUGCAGAUUUGCACAGUGCAGAGCAGCUGAAAGCACAAGCAAUAGACUUCAUUAACAGGUGCAGUGUCCUCCGACAACUUGGAUGUAAAGAUGGAAAAAACUGGAGUAACAACCACGCAACAGAUGUGAUGGAGACGGAAGGCUGGAAGUCGAUGAUCCACUCUCAUCCUCAUUUAGUUGCAGAGGCCUUCCGAGCGCUGGCAACAGCACAGUGCCCUCCAUUUGGUAUUCCACGCAAACGAUUAAAACAGUCAUAAUUGUACUAAAGGACUCUAGGUACUGAUCUUGCUACUGACUCUUGUGUAGAGGUAUUUCUACCUUGCACCCAUGCAGGAUGACGCCCUCUUCACUUGCGUACACAGGACAUACCUGAACUGUAACCGUCUUUAAUUGCUUUGCUGAAGGAUGUGUUCCAGUAUGGUCUUCAGCUUUAAAUUAGUUUACAUGCUUUUCUCUCAGCCACUUAAACAGCCUUAAAUGAUUUUCAUCCUCCUUGUUCAACUUAAGUAUUCAGUUUAUUUUUCUUUUAAAUUAAUGUGUGCCUUGUCAAUAGACUGGGCUUUGCAGAAUUGCAUCAAGCAACCAUAAUGCAGAGCCUUUCUUUGAUAGUUAGAAAUAUUUGGGGAAGCAAAUUGAAAACAGCCUAAGAGCCUUUUUAAGAAUAGCUCAUGCCAGGCACACAGAAUGAUUUCUUAUCUUUUAAUUUCUCUGCGAGCCAAUCCCGAGAUCAUUGUUGACCAGAGAUCGGAGCAGUUGGCAAACUGCGCACAGUUUUAGUACACAAGUUCUUACAUCCGGCAAUACCACAUUUGCAUUAUGGAUGCUAUUGAAAUUCUGCAAGACAGCCUGAAAGGGAUGUACCAUUCAAUAGCACCUGUCCCUAUCGGGCCAGUGGUAUAUGAAGUACAAGGUUGGUUUGCGAACCACCAUUUUCUUUUUCAGUGUUUGUAAACAUUGUUUACAGUUUGGAAUUUCUACUGUAUUGAUUUUUGUUUUUGAGGAUUAAAUUCACAUUUUUGCAGAAAUAUUAGAGACCUUUGUUACAAUUGUGUGGGAAAAAAAUGGUUUGUAAUGUUCAGCAACCUUUUAGAACUUGACAGUUGUCAUACUAGCUGAAGCUAAACACUAGAAUUUUGUGAUAUACAUGAAUCCAAAAUGUUGUAAUGGUUCAACUGAACCAUAGCACAACACAGUUAAACUUGAAUAAUGUGCAUUUCUGAAGACUGCCCAUUUGAAACUUUUAUGAAGAUGCUCUGAAGGUCAUUUUGAUCAUAUUAGUUUCCAAGAAGAUGCGCAGGGAUGCUAUGCUACCCAGUUGGUAUCCCUUUAAGAAUAAACGGAUAUUGUGUCAAGUCAUUUGUCUGAGAGACUGUGCUAAGGUAACGUUGUACGUUUUGUAGAGAACUCCCCAAGUUUCAGGACAAUGAUCUUGCAAUGCCACAGAGUGAUGUUACAUGGCAAUUGAUUUGCUUAUGUUUUGCUAUCUUAUUUAUUAUGUAUCAAAAUAUUUCAUAAUGCUUAUGUUAGGUUAAAAAAACUUUGUAAAACUUUAUAAUUGCAAUUGAAUGCACUAAUUUGUAUCAGCUUUCAUUUCUGUAGACUAUUGUUUUGUAAAAAUCAAUUUUUUGUAAUAGACACAAAACCUUAAAAUAUUUAAAAGGAAUUUGAAGAAACCAGUGGAUUUUAAGUUAUCAAUGUAUCAGUUUGCUGUCAUAUCACAAAUUCAGAAAAUAUGGUUGCAUGAACGACACACCAUUAACAUUUUUAAUAAAAAAAAUCUUUUAAGUGCA